AUGGCCGCCGUCCAAGAAUUGGCCGAGCGCCUCAAGUCUGACGACAAGGUCUACAUCGACACCGACGCCGGCGCCGACGAGCCCACGACCACGGGCACCGAAUCCUCCCCCUUCAAGUCCCUCGCCGCCGCAUACAUCGCCAACAUCGACACGCCCGGCCGCACGUUCUUGUCCCGCGCGUCCAAGACGGGCGAUGACGAGGCCGCCCGCCUCGAGUGGAAGGAGCCUGCCAAGAGCGCCGUCAAGAAGGCCCAGUCCGCCCUUGACGCUCAUAAGAAGAAGCUGGCCAAGGCCGCGCAGAACAAAGCCCAGGAGGAGGAGCGCGAGAAGCAGCGCCUGCAGACCCUCGAGGCCGCCAAGCAGAUUGUCAUCAAGGAGGAUGAGUCACUCCCGCCCGCGAAGCGCAUCACCAUUGGCGAGAAGAACGUCGAGCUCGGCGACGGCGAUAAGAAGGGCGCUCGCGUCAAGAUUGCCGGCCGCAUCCACAGACUGCGCGAGCAGAAGCAGGCCACUUUCAUCACCUUGAUUGACGGAUACGGUCACCUGCAGUGCGUUCUGCAGGCCGGCGAUCUGACCAAGACCUACGAUGCCCUCACCUUCGCGCAGGGCACUUCCCUCUGGGUUUACGGAGAGCUGAAGAAGGUGCCCGAGGGCCAGACGGCCCCCGACAACCGCGAGCUGCACGUCGACUACUACAAGGUCAUCGGCAGCGCCCCCAGGGAUGACGAUGCCAUCACCAACAAGGUCUCCCUGACUCAGAACCAAUGGGACUCCCAGAUGCUGGACAACCGCCACCUGGUCCUUCGCGGCGACAACGCGUCUGCUAUCAUGAAGAUCCGCGCGGCUGUCGAGUGGGCCUUCACCAAGACCUACAAGGACCUUAAGAUCACUAAGGUCUCCCCGCCUGCCCUCGUGCAGACCCAGGUCGAGGGCGGUGCCACGCUCUUCUCCGUCCCUUACUACGACGAGACCGCCUACCUCACCCAAUCCUCCCAGCUCUAUCUCGAGACUGUCCUCCCCAGUCUCGGCAGCGUCUACUGUAUCGAGAAGUCGUUCCGUGCCGAGCGCAGCUUGACCCGUAGACAUUUGGCCGAGUACUCUCACGUCGAGGCCGAGUUGGACUUCAUCGAGUUCCCCGACCUGCUGGAGCAUCUUGAGGAGGUCAUGUGCCGUGUCAUUGACAACGUUCUGGCCGACGAGGAGAUUGCCGCCUUGAUCAAGGAGCUCAACCCCGACUUCAAGAGGCCCGUCCGUCCCUUCAUGCGCAUGAAGUACACCGACGCCAUUGACUGGCUCAACGCCCAAGAUCCUCCCAUCCUCAACGAGGAGGGCGAGCCCCACAAGUUUGGCGAUGACAUCGCCGAGGCUGCUGAGCGCAAGAUGACCGACGCCAUCAACAAGCCCAUCUUCCUCACCCACUUCCCUACCGAGAUCAAGGCCUUCUACAUGAAGAAGGACCCCCAGGACCCCCGCGUGACCGAGAGCGUCGACUGCUUGAUGCCUGGUGUUGGUGAGAUUGUGGGCGGGUCGAUGAGAAUGGAGGGCUACGAGGAGCUGCUCGCCGCUUACGACAGAGAGGGCAUCCCGUCCAAGGACUACUACUGGUACACUGAUCAGAGAAAGUAUGGCACCUCCCCCCACGGCGGCUACGGACUCGGUCUUGAGCGUUUCCUGGCCUGGCUCGCCAACCAGCACACCGUCCGCACGACAUGCUUGUACCCCCGUUACAUGGGCCGUUGCAAGCCGUAA